AUGGCUCGGCGAAAGCUUAUAAGCGAUUCAACAAGUGAGCUUCCGGUAGAGGUAAAGGACAGAAUUUUGGAGUGUUUGCCCACCCGAGACGCCGCCAAAAUGGCUCUGCUCUCAACCUACUGGAACGAUGCUUGGUUGCAGCAUGGGCAGCUUGUGUUUGAUUCGAACUUCAUUGAAAGUGUUGAUCAGUACUGUGAUGGUGAAGGUAUAACCUUCUUGAACAUAAUCAGUAAUAUCCUCUUUCUCCGUGCUGGGCCGGUUAAGAAAUUUACUAUAAAGAUAAGGAAAGAAAAUAAUCCUGAGCUGGAGCGGUCUGAUUUCGAUAGGUGGUGUCUUUUUCUGUCAAGAAAUGGCGUGGAGGAACUUAACAUAUCUUUAGAGACGGCUAGUUAUGGGAAGGAAUAUAAGCUGCCAUUUUGUUUACUCUCUUGCAGGACAAUUAAGCAGCUGAUAGUCCACGCUCUCUUUAUUGAUUUGCCUGUAAAUGCUGUUGGUAUAUUUUCCAAUGUCACUUCAUUAGCUUUCUUCGAUAUUACGUUUAAGCGCAGUGUUAAUGGAAUUGCCUCUAGUAUUAGUAUUCCUAAACUUGAGAAGCUGGCUUUCGAACUUUGUUUUGGGAUCAAUAAAUUUGAGAUCAGCCCUCCAAAGCUUGAAAUCUUGUCUGUUAUUGGUUCUAUGGGAAAUGGGGUUGAGGAACUUAGCAUUGCCUUGGUUGUUUUGGGACAAAAAUAUGAUGUGCGAUUUUGCAUACUCUCUUGUCCUACAAUUAGGCAUCUGAACCUUGAAGGUUUCAUUAUUGAUUGCCCGCGUAAUGCUCCUUGUAUAUUUCCUAGUGUCACCUUAUUACGGUUCAAGAACGUGGAGUUUAAGCAUAAUGCUAAUGGAGUUGUUUCUAGAAUUAUUCCCAAUCUUGACAAGCUGGCUUUUAGUGGUUCUUGUGGAGGGAUCAAUACUUUUGAGAUCAGUGCUCCAAAACUUGAAAGCUUCUCUGCUAUUGAUGUACUGUAUGUGUUUGAACCGAGAUGGCUUACGUUUCAUUUGAAAGCAAUAACGACACUUUGUUUGUCUGGCCUGUUGUUGUCGCGCAAACCUGUUGCAGCAGCCGUACCGAAAUUCCCUACUGCAGUAAAUCUGCAAGUAAUGAAGCUGUAUGAAUUAAGUUUCGGUUGUGGGAAGCAGCUCACUGUUGCUAUGCAAUUGAUUCAAAAAUGUCCCAACCUAUGUGAACUGGGGAUUAAUGCAAAAAAGGUUGAUCAGUCAACAUGCAAACGUCAGUAUCUGCAGUCUGGUCAUAUCUCUUUCUCUUGUCAAUUUUCUGCACUGACCGAGAUGACUGUCCUUGUUCAAAGCUGUGAACUGCUGUGGUCUUAA